CAGCAGGCCAGGGCCAGCGCCAGCCCCAGCCCUACGCUGCCUGUACAGGCAUGCCCUCUGGCACGGCGGGGCCCACACAUCAUGGGCAACUGCACCAAGACCCCUGAGAGGAGACUCUCUAAGGACCGAGAUCUGCGGCCAGAGGAGAUUGAAGAGUUGAAGCAGGCCUUCCGGGAAUUCGACAAAGACCGUGAUGGCUUCAUCAGCUACAAGGACCUGGGCGAGUGCAUGCGCACCAUGGGCUACAUGCCCACUGAGAUGGAGCUCAUCGAGCUGUCCCAGCAGAUCUCUGGGGGGAAGGUGGAUUUUGAUGACUUUGUGGAGCUGAUGGGUCCAAAGAUGCUGGCGGAGACAGCUGACAUGAUUGGGAUCAAGGAGCUGCGCGAUGCCUUCCGUGAGUUCGAUACCAAUGGAGAUGGGCAGAUCAGCAUGGCAGAGCUUCGGGAGGCCAUGCGCAAGCUGCUGGGGCAGCAGCUGAACUACCGUGAGGUGGAUGAGAUCCUCAAGGACGUGGAUCUCAAUGGUGAUGGCCUGGUCGACUUUGAAGAGUUUGUGCGGAUGAUGUCACGCUGAGGGCAGAGCACCAGCACAGGACACUGGAUUCUGCUGUGCCUUACAGAGGGGAAGUGGGCUACAGGAAGUGAGCUGCCUAGCUCAAGCUGCUGCUUGGGAGGAGUCCAAGGAAACACUUACCACACAGCACAAGAGCAGCACACUCCUCCAAUGCUAGCGCCUCCUCCUCUGAGCCAACUUACCAUUCUUCACAGCACCCUUGAAGCCUGGCAGAGCCCCCAGGAUGCAGAUAUGGCCAGGCCUCAGGUUGACUCUGAACACCUACACCUGGACACUGAUUUUGAACCCUGCCUCUGCCCUCUGCUCCCAACACCUCCAUUUCUAAUCUUAAUGGUCCCUGCCUCCUUGCCUACAUGGAGCUGGACUAGAGCUGCCUUAACACAAGUGCAGUCCCACUCUGAAUUCCAGAUCUCUCACCUGAUGGUAAUACAGAGACCCUGUGCCCUGACCCAAUACUGCCCUUACUGCUGCACUUUGACCCAAACCCUGGUUUCACCACCUGACUACUACACCCCAGUCUUAACAAUCCCCUGAUCUCUAUGCUCGACCCUAACAGUCCCCUGGUCCCUUUGCCCUGACCCAAAUACAGCCAUCACUCUAUGACUCCAGGUAACCCCAUACCCGAUUCUUAUGCUGAGCCCUGACCUGAAUGCUACCCUCACACAUCAGCCCUAACACUGUCCCCUACCCCUAUGUCCUAAUGGCUCCAUACCUGACACUAUUGCUAAACUGCUGUGCCCCGACCUAAAUACUGCCUUUUGUACCCUAACCCUAAUGCUCCCUUAAUCUCUUAACUGCUGGUCCCAGAUGGCUCCACACCUGGCCUGAAUGUUGAACUCCUGCAUUCUGACAUGAAUGAUGACCUCACACCCUGACCGAUACACCCAGACAGCCCUGUCCCUGCAUAACUGGUAUUUUGGUCCAACACUUCUGCCAAUUUUCUAGAUUGUUUACCAGCAACUUUUGCUGAGACUGACUGUGCAUGUGUGUGUGAACCUGCCUGGGCCCCCAUGACCUUCCUUGUGUGGAAGGUGGCACCUUUUUGCACACUGCACCAAGCACAGGUCUGGCACAGGCGGUCAGAGGUGUUCUUGUAUCCCCAGUGGAAGCUUAACUCUCCAGGUAAUGGCAGCUUAGCCACCCUGAGAACA